UGUCAGUCAUCACCAGUCAGUGUUUGAUCAACGCAACGAGAACAACAAAAAGUGCAAAAAGUGUCCGCCUCGUAAAUAAAAGUUAUGUUUUUCUCGUGAUUACUGCUGUUUUUUGGUGAUAAAAGUGCGCGAUUACGCUACAGAACGAGCUCGCCUGUCGAAAGUUGACCGAUAGUGAUGGCCUCAACCAACGAUUCAACCAAACUUGAGAAGCACCUUAAGCUGCUCAAAGAGGAGUACACCAAACUGCAGAAGAACUAUGCAGAGCUGGAACGGAAGUACAGCAAAGCGGCCGCCUCCAGCGAUGACCGCGAUCUGGGCGAAUUCAGCAGCUUCGUGUCACGCCUGGUGAUGACCGUUGCCACGCUGUACGGGCGCAAAACCUAUUCGGACAUAACGGUGAAGCUGAAGGACAAAACCAUGCCGGCUCACAAGUUUGUCCUGAACGCCCGCAGCGAGGAGUGGCGCGAAGAAGUCAUUGCGGACCAAACGGAACUCGAUUGGUCCGACAUGGACGCCGACGUAGGUUUCGCGCUCCUCCGCUGGAUCUACACCGACGUGGUGGAUCUGCAGCACGACUCGCUGGCACUGGAUUUGCUGAAAACUUCCCAUCGGUUCAAGCUGCCCGGACUGAUGGGCCUGUGCGAGCGUGCCCUGGUGUCCUCUGUUUCGGUGCGGUCGUGCGUUCGGUUUUACUGCGUAGCUGAAGAUGUGGGCGCUUCAAAUCUGCUGGAGUACUGUUCCGGGUUGAUUUCGACCCAUUGGGACGACCUGACGCCGCAGGAUUUCGAGCACAUGUCUGGUCCGCUGCUGUACAAAAUGCUGACCAGUAAAACGAAACAUCCGCUGCACGCUGCCGUACGCUUGCUGCGAGAAGACGUGGUGUUUCUUUGUCUGGUGGAAAACGACGAUUCGGUGAGUGAUUUUUUUAAAUUAUUAACAAUCAUUUGGUGGUUUUGCGAAGGAUUAGAUAGAUAUAUCGGAAGUCCGGCUCCAGAGGCACGUUAUCCCCUAUAUGGGACAUUUGUGUCAUCAUAAUGGAAUAAGCAGGGCGCAAAAUUUUCGAGCAGACGAGCUGAAGUUCACCGUGCGGAAAUUUUCAUUCACUUGCCUGCAUAUUCAUAUUCAGCUGCUCGAUACUCGUUUGUCAACUGAAUGAAAGUCAA